AGCACUCCCGAAGAUUUCCGAAGCUUUGCCCCUUUGCCCACUCGGUGCGGGACAUUUGAAAGAUGCCGCGCGAAUGGCUAACUCCUCCGACAACGACAACUAUUCGAGAUGCGGCCUUGCAUCCACCAUAUAGACGAUAUUUUACUCACGCUUGUUUUCCCCAGUCUCCUUUGGACGAUUUUUCCAUUUUCACGGUGUGUCACCAACAAACUCGUUGGUCCCUAGCAACCAUUGAUGGGGGGCGGGCCCGCGCCACCCCCUGACCCCAUCCGACAGAGCAGCACCCCUCUGCAGUGCCCGGCGCAGCUAGCUGCACGAGUCGUGAUGCACACUAGACCGUUCGUGUGCAGGCGGUGGUAAAGUGCUGGAAUCAUACCGAGCCUGUUAUAAACGACAAGAUGUCACAGCCGAAGAAAAGUGCGAAGCGGGACCUACCGUACUGGGCUCCAAUCCACACGAAGGCCCACGAGGCAGUAGGGGACUACUUCAAAUCCAAGCUCGACGCGGAGCUACCCAGACAACGGCCGGUAUGGGACAAGCCGCGUACGAGUCCCGCCGCCGAGCUGGUGGCCGCGAGGAGGGACUUGGAGGUGUGCGCCAAGGAGCUGGCCUCCAAGCGGGAGUACCAGGCCGAGAUGAGGACCGAGAUGGACGCCAAGUGGGAGGACUUGCGCGAGAAAGAGCGCGACCUGCGCUCCGCCUUCAUCAAGUACAACAAGUUCAUCAAGGAGAACCACGAGAAGCGCGAGCGCGCGGAGCAGAAGGUGCGCGAGGAGGAGGCCACCCAAAAGAGGCGGGACGCCGAAAUCGAGAACCUGAAGAAGCGCGUCGAGGAGCUGGAGCACAUCAAGGAGACCAUGGAACAGCACGUCGGCGAGUACCGCAUCUACCAGGACUUCCUCCAGCGAGUGGUCGCCGAGUGCAAGGAGUUCACGAGCGUCCACGACAUCCUGGACCGAUACGACACGCUGGCGGCCACGCGCGCGCAGCUGGCCGACCGCCAGGACGCCGACCUGCACGCCCUGGAGGAGGCGCGGCGCGCCCUCAUGCAGCUCACCGAGGAGAAGUCCAAGGCCCUGAUGGGGCUCAACAACCAGCUGGCCGAGCUCUGGGUGCGCUACGACCAGACCAGGAUGCAGGACUUCCAGUGGGAGACGAGCCUCAGCCACAUCAAGGUCAAGGCGGCACAGAAGACGUGGGAGACGGGAGCGGUCCGCAUGAUGUGCUGGAACCUAUACCAGCAGCUGUGCUACUGCCGGGGGGAAGCCCCCACCCUGGCCGCGGACAAGAUCGAGGAGCAGCUGCUGUACAUCCAGAGGGCGUUCCUGCAGCUCCGCGCCAUCAAUAAGCUCGCCAGGCGUAACAUGGCGCGGGAGAACGCCAGCAUGCCGUCGAACACGCUCCCCGACGACAUUGUCGCGGGGACCAGCGUCCCAUUAAAUAAUAAAUGAUUUUU